ACUUCCUGCCCCUGCCCCCGCCCCCGGGUUAACCCGCGCCCCGCGCGCUCCGCGGCCUCUUUCCGGCCGCGCUCCAAGAUGGCGGACACGCAGACGGAACGCGCCUACCAGAAGCAGCCGACCAUCUUCCAGAACAAGAAGCGGGUGCUGCUGGGCGAGGGCGGCAAGGAGAAGCUGCCCCGCUACUACCGCAACGUGGGGCUGGGCUUCAAGACCCCCAAGGAGGCCAUCGAGGGCACCUACAUCGACAAGAAGUGUCCCUUCACUGGCAAUGUCUCCAUCCGGGGCCGCAUACUCUCAGGUGUGGUGACCAAGAUGAAGAUGCAGCGCACCAUCGUCAUCCGCCGCGAUUACCUGCACUACAUCCGCAAGUACAACCGCUUCGAGAAGCGCCACAAGAACAUGUCCGUGCACCUGUCCCCCUGCUUCAGGGACGUGCAGAUCGGGGACAUCGUGACAGUGGGCGAGUGCCGCCCGCUCAGCAAGACCGUGCGCUUCAACGUGCUCAAGGUGACCAAGGCUGCCGGCACCAAGAAACAGUUCCAGAAGUUCUGACCCCUGUGGGGAGAGCCUGGGGGAAUAAAGGAUGGGAAAGUGGA